AUACUCCCUUCUCACAACAACUCCUAACAAAAGCCCUCUCUCCCUUCUGUUGUUUUUUGGAUCCCCUUCUUUCCCAUCUCUUCCUCACUUUCUCUCCCCCCCUCUCUCUCUCUCUCUCGACUCCCGUCGCCCGCUGUCAAGCUUUUGGCACGCCACAAGAUUUACACAAGUGAUCGAAGGUGCGAUGAAGAACUUUUUUACAUGCAUCGUUACCUUGAAGGAUUGAUUGCAAAGACAGGUGCUGCUGUGUUGUAUCUCAACCAUGAGCUUGGCAUGUCUUGUGUGUCAUAGCAUGGAUAGCCCAUCACGAUCUUUCAGGAGCUACUCUGUUUCGAGUUCAGAAGACGAAGGGCAAUGUGCUGCAGUUGUUUCCUGCUUGACUCGGAAGGUAACCAUCGCUGCCACGGGCAGAGCCAACGCCAUAUCAACAUCCAAAGUGACACCAUUCCCCCUGAUGGCAAGCGGGCAAGGGAUGGGAGAAACCCCACGCCUUCUACGAAGCCGGGCUGUGAGUAGGGACCUAGUGAGAGACUGGAACUUCGAUCAAGUUCAUGUGGAGGGGUAGAGGGGUAAGAGAUCAUAACGGUCGUAAGAGGGAGAGAUUGUUAGCUUGGCCACUGGGGUGGCCGCCGUUGUAUAUUUUGCUUCAUCCACUGCGUUUCUAGUACACUUUUUUAUGGUUAGUUCUACAAGUCUCCAUGAGCAAAUUGGCCAUCAUAAAGUAUUUUGCUUGCGCUAGUUGCUUGCUUUCUUAUGGUUCAUGUAUUCAACAUCCGAAAAAUGGAACUUGUGUUGCUGUCU